CGCGCCUUCCGAUGCCACGAGGUUACAACCCGCAUAAUCCGUUAUCUAUAGUUGCAGACGGCUCCGCAUUACCAGCCCAGCUACAUUAUACUUUUAGUCACUACUGCCUGCUUUUAGAGGAACUGUGGCACUUCACUGUUGUAACUUACAAUUGCUUGGCUCAAGACUGGUCCGCUGUCGUAUUCAGCUUUGGGAAUGGCCCCUUCAGCCUCCGAGCCCGUCACUGCCUCGGUGUCAGAGCCAGUUAAAAACAAGACCAGCAGUGGUGAUCCAGAUCUUGCAUUCACUCCGGAUGAUAGCACAAGCCCGCCCACCUUUACCGAUAAGCAUGAAGAGCGGAAAUACUUGAAGCACCGGCUCGCUAUUGCCUUCCGCAUCUUUGCUCAACUUGGCUUUUCCGAAGGCAUCGCCGGGCACAUCACCGUGAGGGACCCAGUUGACCCAAAUAGCUUCUGGGUCAACCCAUUUGGCAUGCAUUUCUCCCUGAUCAGAGAUGAGGACCUUAUUCGCGUGGAUCAUUCUGGCAAGGUCGUGGAUGGCGGCAAGAACUGGAGAUUGAACUACGCUGCAUAUGCCAUCCACGCAGAGAUCCACAAGGCCAGACCUGACGUGCUAUGCGCGGCGCAUUCCCACAGCGUUUACGGCCGGGCUAUGUGCGCCACUGGCCGCAAGCUGGAUAUGCUCACACAAGACUUCUGUAUCUUCUACAAUGACCAUGUGUUGUAUCCCAACUUUGCCGGCGUCGUGCUCGCUGCUGAAGAGGGACAACAGAUCGCCAAGUGUCUUGGAAAUAAGAAAGCGGCUUUGCUGGGCAACCAUGGGCUAUUGACCGCAGGGCAGUCCAUCGAGGCUACCGUGGCUUGGUUCGCAUUGCUUGAGAAGUGCUGCCAGGUGCAACUCGCGGCUGAUGCCAGUGCGAAUGGAAGAGGGCAGCCGCUUGUGGUGAUUGGUGAAGAGGAGGCGCAGGCAACGUGGAAUGCUAUCGGAAAAGCCCCCAAUGGAUACUUCAUGGGUCUCCCCCUAUUCCAGGUGGCCGAGGGGGAGUUCGGCGAAUCGACGUUCCUUGGACGGGGACUGGAGCCUUUGUAAGCAAGUUCUCCGAAGCUUGGAGGUGCACGGGAAUUCAACCGAAGUACGACUGGAGACGUGCUGUUACCAGAGACUGAAUAACACAAGUAUACACGAUGACCGUUUCUAGACUUUGUUAGUAACAUUACCACUGCUUGAUUUUGAA